UUUCGUUUUCCUUACAGAGGCAUCCACCGGUCGGGUUGGGUUUUGGGUCAAAAAAAUAUAGUUUUUGUCAUUCGUUAGGCCUUCACAAUGUCUUCUGAAAAGUUUGAAGACCUCGAGGACGAACUAAAGGUUCUGCACGAAGAUGUAGCAGGGAAAAUAACUAACAAAAUUCCAAAGUUAUCGGGAGAAUUGAGAAAAAGCACUAUUCGAGAAGUUGAGAAGAAGAUCGAAGAUGCCAAUUUAAUAAUGGAGGAGAUGGAAGAAGAAGCCAGUUCAGCUCCAGGGACCUAUAGAAACUCCAUGAUGUCAAAAAUACGCAGUUACAGAAGAGAUUUUGAUAAACUGAGAAAGGAUUUGGGAAAACCAAGUGGACAAGUUAAUGUGUCAUUUGGGCGAGAAGAACUCUUUGAUGCAGACCCAAUGGCUGCACAGAAAAACAAGGUUCGACAAGGAACAGAGACCUUGAACAGAGCCACAGAAAGUAUUGCAAGAUCAACCAGGGUUGCUGUGGAAACUGAACAAAUUGGUGAUGAAAUAAUUGAGGAACUAGGUGAUCAACGCGAGGCCCUUGUUAGGACUAGAGACAGGCUCAAGGAUGUUGAUCAAGACCUGGGCAAAAGCAAGAGAAUUCUAAAUAGCAUGGCAAUCAGAAUUGCUACAAACAAGCUGAUCCUGUUGUGUAUCAUUUUGGUUGAAUUAGCCAUCCUCGCUGCUGUGGUGUAUAUAAGAUUUUUUAAAAAGAGUAAAAAGAGUUAAAGUGGUUAAUUUCUCAUCACUUUGCAUACGUCAUGAAGGCAAAUUAUUAUAAAAUACAGUAGCCUGUGGCACUGGUGAUGAAAAUAACCAUGAAAUAGCAUCAUAGGUAGUAAUAUUUGCAGGGGAUCUAGCUGCUUGUAUGUAGCCUGUUAAAUUAUGUAUUUUUCUAAAUAAUACUUAUGAUUCUAUAAAAAAUGGAGUGAUUUUCAAUUGAGUGUUGAAACACCAAAACCAAAGUAAUCACUGGCCAAUCACAGGUAAUAUGCCCAGACAAUCAAGUGAACUAGUCAAAGCUCAAAACAGUUACAUAUAUAGCCAUCACAAAUCAUGGGAAAAACUUUGCGGGCAAGCCAGGGAAAAAAAGAGGGAAAGAGAUUAAAUUCAACCAAUCAAGUGCAGUAGUAACAUAAAUAAACCAAAGCAACUGUGAAUCACUUUCAGCACUCAAGUGAAAAAUGCUAAUUAUACAGUAAUUAUCAAUGGUAAUCUCAACUAUUGAGACUUGGCCAGUGGAUCUUGGAACACCAGUCUUAAUUUUGUUCAAGUAUUUUAUUCUCCUUAACAAUAUCAUGGGGGAUGAAUUACUCCUUAACUUUGGUGCAAAAUGUCAGCAUUAAUUCAUAGUUUCACUUGUGAAGUUGUAAAAUUGCCACGGUAAUGUUUGGCAUGAAAUUUCUUGAUACAAUAAACUAGUCAAAAACCC